AUGGUAAAAAGAGUUCGUAAUACCAAUUGGGACGCAGAUCCAGAAAUCGGUGAACAUGAAGUCAGAUAUUCAGCAUAUGUUACCAAAUCACCAAAAAGAUCUAGAUUAUCACCUGAGAGAAGACCAUUUUUGGCAUAUGGGGAAGGACCAGAUGUUGACUGUGAAAUAGAUGAUGAAUCUGAUACACCUGAUUAUUUAAGUUAUAGUAUAAUACCAAAAGAGAUUGAAGAAACAUUAGCAAAAGCUCCAAAAGAAUUAAAAAAAACCAAAAAAAAUCCAAAUUUAGAAUUAUCUCUCGAUCAUGUUUAUAAGGUAAUACGUGAAAUAAAACUACCAACAUUUCAAAGGAUUAUAAAACAAAACAAGUAUGAAUUAAUUCGGGUAGCAAAACGUAGUCCAGAUCGGCAUCAUUUGAAUAUUACUCAACUUUUGUUAAGAACAAUAUUUAAUCCUGUUCAAAAGGUUUGGAUAUAUUCACAAAUAAAGGAAGUAUUAAAUAUCUCUCCGCAUGAAUUCGCUAAAGUUAAAUAUGUAUAUACAGUACUAGCACCAGAAGUAGCACUAAUGGUUUUGAAAAAUAAAUUUAAAAAAUUUGCUAAAAUAUGUGAUGAAAAUCAAUUGAAUGCUUUCACUCUUUUAAAUAGUACAUUUUUUGAUGACCUAUAUAAAAAAGAUUUACAUUGUCGUACCUAA